ACCAUUGGAGAGUUCAUAUCGCUAUGCGAGCAUGGCAGCUGGCUUGGUUAGCCCUUUCGGCGACAUGGGGCCGGGUUGUACUGUGUGUCUACAAGUAGGCUUUUCCAUUCCAAGCGUUAUGGGACAGGUUAGGACCGAUCGACGUGUCAACUUCUGUCAACAUUUCAUAUUGCCAGACGAUCCGAAGUUCUGGGGUAUGCCGAUGACCGCAAGAUAUCCUAUCCGAUAUUCUUUUGUUUGGUCGUCCUCUGGGAUUCGGAGCCCAGGACGGCUCGUAUGUUCAGUGCUUCAAUUCUUCGUGGAAACUACCCUUGGAUGUACCUCCUGGCAAAAUGAUGUUGGGUGAGUAAUCCUUCAUGCCGGACUCAUCCUUGUUAUCGACUUGGCCCGAAGGCAAUGUGGGCGAUGCAGAUGUCGAUCAACGUCAGCAUAAAUGACCGGUAAGGAACGUUUGCCUUCGAAUAAAGUUCGCUAUGAUUCCGUCUGUGUCUGUCAGCGCCCGUCGGACGUGAACCCGGACAACUUUGCACUGCCGCAGUUGGCACUGGCGCCUCCAUACCAGAUAUUGGCUCGUGGGGCGCUAGCCCGGAACUUGGGAUGUGUCCCCUUCAUUGUGAGUGCAUAUAGACCGAUAAACAGGUGGCAUCGUCAUCGCCAUCCAGUCGAAACGCUUGUGUUAGUCGGUCGGCAUAUCGUUGGUUUAACCGGUUAAUUACGACCGCCGAGGAAAACAACAGUCCUGUGUGCGUUCGCUAAGGGAGCGUAGGUUGACCUCCUUAGCGCAUAUGUUCUUGAUCACUGUACGUAUACAUGAACGAUAGUCGAGGUACAAAAUGG